AAAGCGCACGAGCAGUUGGCUCGUACCGCGCUCGCGCGUCGCAUCGCGACAGGCCGCGCGCGCUCAACCGUUCUCCCGGUGCUCGCACGCGCAUCGAGAGAGCUACCUCUCUCGCUGUCGUCCUCGUCGAAUUUCACGCCGUGCGCGCGUCGCGUCGCCGAGAUCGUGUCUGCCAGCUGGAAAACACGCGCGGCUGCUCCUCGUCGUGCUCGUGCUUGUGCUCGCGCGAACGUCGCGCAUCGUCCUGCCGCGACUGGAAUCGCGACGGCGCGCCUUUUCAAAAGCACGCGCCCGACGCGUCGAUCGCGCGCCGACUCGCUCGAGAUCAUCGAGACGCGAAUUCGAGCGUGUUUUUAAAAAUACGCGCGCUGUGGCGCCGCGGCAGUGAGAAGAAGAGUCGCCACUUUCCGAGGAGCGUCGCCGAGGGGAACGCCGUUCGAGGAGAAGAGCUGGCCGAGCGAGAGAGCGUCACGGCGAGUCAAGCGCCAGGUGUAUGCAGUUCGGCGGACGAUCGCGAUUCGACGUCGAAACAUCCGGAAGCGGAGCUGCCGGCCACGAGACGCGGCGCGGCGCGACGUGCAGACGGAUCCUCGUUGAUCGUGCUCGAAGAGCGUCGGAUGGACCGAACGCGGGGGAGCAGCGUGAGCGAAGGCCGGUGCGCGCAGCAUCCCUCGGUAAAGCGUCCGGCCGCGUCGCGGCACGUCGUCGACCGUUCCGCGUGUUGAGAACAACGAGACGGAGGAGCGGUCUCCGUCCGCGCACGAGGAACACCUUGAAGAGGCUCGUUAUGGAUCCCCGGCCGAUGGCGGCACUAUGCAGACCGAGGAAGUCGUGCCGCGCGCGCAGUCUAUUGGCAUAGACAGUGGUCUCACCGACGGCGCCGGUCUGCAGCAUCAUUUGCAUCAUUCAGUGCACUUACGCUGCCCGUUACCUCCUCUAAUCCACAUGGCCGUGAAGCAGGAGCCGCAGGAGGAGGAAGAGCGAGGUCGCGACGCGAGCACGCUCAGCUCGCAAGUGGAUGCAAGCAACGCCGCGGUCUCGGUGGACAGCAAGCACGGACAGCAGGUGGCUCAUCAUCAGAUCCAAGGCCUGGCAGAGAACUCCACGCUGACCGUUCCAGACCCCGCUGGUCGAGGACGACCCAGCCGCGGGCGCAGGAAAUCGCGAUGGAAACUCAAGUUCCACCACCAGGCGCUACCGCCGGAAUACCUGGACCACUACGAGGCGUCGCUCGCCCAGGAGAACCUCAACUCGUCGUCGCCACCGCGCGUAAUCGAGCCAACGGCGCCGAGUCCAGCGCCGACGAGCUCGACGUCCACCCCGAGCCCCAUCGCUGACGUGCACGGUUGGCUGCAGCGGAUCGCGGCGAUGCAGCAGGAACUCUGCCCUCAGCUCAACACCUUGCCGCAAUGCCCGACGACCUUCGGCCACCAGGUCCAAGCGGCCGCCAGGAGAUCCGUCAUCACCUCCGCGUCCUCGCAGGCCUACAACCACGCGCCUUAUCCCAACCACCAGCAGCAGGCGCAGACGCAGACGCAGACGCCCAGCAGCAGGCCACCGAUGAAGUAUUCCGAUCUGCCGUACAUGGGCGAGAUCACGCUGGACAACAGCAAGCCCAGACGCGGACGGAAGCCGAAGAAGGCUGACAUUUGUCAUCUGAUUUACAAGAACUACGGCACGAUAUUGCCGGGCACACCGGGUCACGAGGAGAAGAACCUGUCGCCGCAGAACAAGCAAGACCCUCGGGACCGCGUGUCGCCGCAAGUACCUUUCCAAAGGAGCGACGUGCAGAACAGAAUCAGCAGCCUGCUGGAGAAGCGGCUGACUCAAGAGACCAGACGGAGCUUUGGUCAGCCGGAAAACGCGAGGGAGCAGGACCAGCCGCUGAACCUCUGCAUCAGAGACCUGAAUCAGCUGAAGAUACGUCUGCUGAGGAAGCACGGCAACGUGUACGAGUCGGGCCAAGUGAAGAGUGAGACGUCGAGCGACGGCGAGGAGGUGGAGUGCCUGAGCGCCGGCGGCUUCACGUCGGAGCCGGCUCACCGGCCGAGCAACAUGGUCAAUCACAACAACAACGUCAUCGACCCGAUGCUAGGCCCCAACUCCGGCUUCGUGUACUGGCCGAACGCCGGCGUGUUCCUUCAUCCGAUGGCGCUGCAGUCGCAGCUCUUGUACUACCAGAAGGUAGCGCAGGCUGACAAGUGUCCGUCGCGACCUCCGCUGCCAGCGGAGCAACCGCCGCAGCGGGAGCAGAAGAUCGUGCCCAAGUCGAUCUACUCGAUGAUGGAGACGAAGAGCGGGCAACUUCCGGUGCCGGCUCCGCUGCUGCUGCCGCCGCCGCCGCAGACCACGGCAGCGUCGACGAACGCGCCGCCGUCGCCGAGACCGAAGAGGAACGCGCCUCUGAGCCAACAUCAAGGUCAGCAGCCGACCAAGCGGAAGCGCUCCGCCAUAUUCAUACCGCCCAUGCCGACCGAGAACAACAACCCGGCUACGGAGGUGAGCAUAUGCAAGUUCAAGUUCACCGGCGGCGCGAAGCCGAGCCUGCAGGAGAAGAAGAGCCUCUCCGUGGACUCGGGCGGCAACUUCCGCUACUACAGCGGCACCGGCGACAAGAGUAUGCGCGGCUACGAGUUCUUCCCGCGGGAAGCCUUGCAGCAGCCGGCCGGCCAAUCGGGAGCCUCCUCGGCAGCCGGGGCCUUCCUGAGCGCCGCCGGCGAAAGGAUCAUCCAGCCGCCGACGGCGUGUCAGAGGAACGUCGGCCAGGACGACGGCCGGCGCAAGAGGAAGACCCGGAAAUCCCUGCAACGCGAGAAACUGGAGCAGACCUUCAAGGAGAAGGGCUUCCUCAUACAGACGCAGCAGCUGGAGUCGGCGGAGGGUGCCACUUACUGCAAGUUCCGGCAGCUCCGGAAGUUCACCAGGUACCUGUUCAGGAGCUGGAAGGACUAUCUACCCGGCAACGUGCGCGAGCUGAGCGGAGGUUGCGGCGGCGGCGGCGGCAAUGGCGGUGGUGGCAACGGCGGCGGCGGCGGCGGCGGCGGCGGCGGCGGCUGCAGCGGUGGUGGUGGUAGUGGUGGUGGUGAAGGAGGCGGCGCCGCGACCGAUGGCGACGUGACCGACGUCGACGUCGACAACGGCGCCGUUCUCGUUCACUCGCCGGUUCCUCCCGCCAAUCUGCUGGAUGUGCCCAACAGCUUCGUCGAGGAACACUGCCGGACACUGCCGCUCACGUGAGAUCGUGCGACGGAGGUCAUAGGGCGCGGUGCGACACCGACUUCUCGCCGACGCUUCGGGAAAAUCCCGGGGGCUUCUCUCGGGGUCGGCUCCGGGCUCGAUGAAACGUCGAACGAUCGCGGCAAUUGUCCCUCGCGCGUUCCGCCAAUUAUCUCAAGCCUGAUCGUCAGCAUCGCGCCAUGACGCGCGUCACGACGACGAUGCAGACUCGAGCGUAGCUCAGUGCCAAAGAUGAGAGACUGGAAUGUUGUACAUAAAGUCGCCCGAUGGGGAACGGAUCAACCAAAGAGGUGGUUUCGCGCUCUCGCCGUGCUGGGACUGGGGAGAUAUCCGCCGUUGGGGAUUUCGGCGGGGGGGAGGGGGUGUGCAAUGCAUUUUCCAGGAUGGUGUGCAGAGUGAGACUCGCGGCUACGUGCCUACGUCGCUACGUCAUAUUUUUCUAAGCGAAUCGUUGAGGAGGAGAACGAGAAUGUCGUCUAACGAAGUCUAGUCUUAUUUAUACUCUUGUUAAAUCGUAAACACGUGCUUUCUCGUCGUUUUUACACGGAUAUUUAUGCCGCUGCGCGCGCUGUGCGCGCAGCGGCAGCAGCGGAGCGACUCCGAUAAUAUCGCGGGUGCGGCGAAGUUUGUAACGCGACGAUCGAGAUGACUGUCGCUCGGAUCGAAAUCACGCGCCACUCCGAUUCGUUUCUUUACACCGCACACGGACCAAAUAUUUGAACAGCUGGUCCAUAUCGAGAGACGAGAGCCUCGCGAGAGAGGCGAGAUAAUGCGUCGCGGGCACAAUUGUCGCGUCCGCCGCCUGGGCCGAGUUGUUCGAUCGAGAUUUGAAAGCGGUAUAACGCGGCAACGCCAGCUUCAUUCGUCGCAGGCGUCGCGGGCGAGAGGAGCGGGGAGGGGAGAAGGAGAAACAGCGCACCCUUCACGGGUUAAUCUUUUCACGGAAUUCCAUUUUCACGGAUAAACGCAGCGAUAACCUUGCGCUCUCGUGCAAAUCUCGACAAAUCGGGACUCGGAAUUUUCAAUUUGGUAUGAUAUCCUCCACGAGAGGAUUCAUUGGAAUUAUAGAGUUCCCGUUGGAGUCAUACCGCUUUCAAUUCCCCGCUCCGCAGUGCGGAAAGACGCGAUUUUCUCGUCGCGGUCGCGCACCGGAAGCUCUCGGCCGAGCGGAGAACAGACGCGAAAGUCUCGGAACCGUCCCGCGGCGAUCGUCCGCGCCAUUGUCCUCUCUCGUCCGCGAGCGCGGCGACAUGUAAAAUUAUUUUAUACGUAUGUGCUCAUUGUAACGAGAUCAAUCCCUAUAGUCUGUAAUAAUAAAACCAAUUGUUAUCGACGCGGCGCUCGACUGCUUCGCCGACGAUCCCUCGCAAAGCGAUCUGCCGACCGGUCGAGCCGCGGACGCUCCUCGAAGGAAUGUUGUCCGCGCGCGAGAUCGUUUGUUCGCGUGAAACUCGAGUGACGCGAUCGUUCAAGUGCGAUAAUCGCGAUAACGCGAGUGACUCGCUUCCAUCGCGAAGUCACUCGACACAGCGCGCGUCCCACUCAAGCGACAUCCCAUUCCAAUUAGCGCAAGUCGCAGGUCCCUGGCGAGUCGCGCUGGAUCAUGAAGAGUUCGCGCGACGAUCAUCCUUUGAAGGAAAGGACGCGCCGUCGAGAUGAGAUUCAGCGCGCGCGCAACAUGGAUUUAUGAGCGAUCCGGCUGAGCGCGCCGAGAAACGCGGCCCAUUAACGAGUCCCUCCUCCCCUCCCCCCUCCCCGCUCGUGAAUAUUACAUCCGCGGCUUUUUUCGCCGAAAUCGCGUCUCAUUUAAAAAGCCGCCUUACCUGAAGAAUCCUGAUUAAACCCUUUAAGGGUUCCUCCUCUCGUAUUGGUUUCAUUGAUGCGACUCUAGCGACGGGACGUUCCGAUCGCCGAUCACGUCCGUGAGUCCUGCGGACACACGCAGGUAAUCACGCGCGCGCGAGCGGAGGCACACAAUCGCGCAGAGGCCGGUGUGCACACACGGUGUGCUGCGAAACACGCGCGACCGCAGGAUCAUGUGACGAAUCGUCAGAGUCAGAGCGCUUCCAGCGGCACGUGGACUUGUCUGCCCGCGAGGAAAUGCCGGAGGGAACGUCACGUCGACGUUUCCUCGUACUUCGACGGUACUCCCCGACAAUGUUCCCGUCUCGGAACUACGAAACGCAGCUCGCGAGUUUACGGACACCCCGUAUACAUACACCCAGAGCCACCCAACACACACACACACACACACACACACACACGCUCGCUCGAGUCGCGCGCGACGUGCGUGCACAGCUCCACCACCAGUUAGUCUCUCCGGAGCGCGUACAGCCAGCCAGCCAUUCAUGCAUACGGCCAUUCAUAUGUCGGGCCCGGCUUACCUUGAAGGCUUUUUAUCAUCGGUCCUUGUGUCCGUGCGCGCGCACACACACACACACACACACACACACACAUACACACACGUACACGUGGGCGCGUGAAAACGGAAAAUUAUUCGCGUCCUUCGCGGAGGAGAGACGAUUGUCACGCAUGGUUAGGAGUUGAAGAUUCAGCGUCUCGGAAGCAAGGAGAAAGAGCGAGAGAGAGAGAGAGAGAUUAUUUGUCUUGCAGCGUGGUCGCAAAAAUACUUCCUCGUCGACGCCCAACGACGCGUCACAGAUGAGAAAGCUGUCGUCGUCCGUCGAGAAGAGCGUCUCGUGGCAAGGCGAGCGCAUUUCGCGUUAGUAAAACAAGAAGAAAGGUAAGAAAGGAGAAAACAGAAUAGAUUGACCGAGAGAGGAAGAGAGAGAGAGAGAGAGAGACUCGCGCGCGACCGAGGUGCCCCUAUCGCUCGCUCGAUCCCGAGAGCGUUUUACAAUCGUCACCACGAAGAGAGAACGAGGGACGUUCGCCGUUGUCCUCGUCGUCAUCGCCGUUCGUCGGCUGCCGUUUGGAGGAGCCGGCCACAAUGGCUGCAGGUUUCCUAAUACGGGCACGGCGGCGCGAAAUGCACGGCGGAAAAAAGAGGAAUUUUGGCAAGGCGCGAGGGGAGGAGGCCUGGGAAGGAGCCGACGCGACGCGCGUUAGAUGUGUGUUCGGUGCAAAAAUUUAAUAACCGCGCACACACGUCCGCGGCCGAAGGAGCGCGUCUCCUCUUCCUCGUGGCCGGCUGGUAGGAGGAGCGAGCAAUGAGACAUCUCCCGCUCUCUCUCUCUCUCUCUCUCUCUCUUUCUCGCGCGCGCAGGCAGCCUCGUGUAGGCACUGUAACCUGUUCGCGUUUAUGAAAAUAUAGAGAAACCGUUGCGGCAGCGAGACUUUGUCUUUACGCUGCACGCGAGAACGGCGAACGUGGAACGUAGCGCGCCGCUAGAUUCUCCGAGAAGGCGCAGGGAGACAGCGGGAGAGAGGAGAUUUUUCAGAGGCCCGAUAUCUAACGUCGCCGGAUAUUUUCGACUCGGUCAAUUGCAGCCGCGCGCGUGUCUAAUGUCGCGACCAUUUCAAUCGAGAGCCUCGCAUCGAAUUUCCGAUUUUUUGCCCCUGCGUGUGUGUGUGUGUGUGUGUGUGCCUACGCGCUAUCUCCUCUACACGCGACUGCAAGUUUCCUAAUAUAGCCUCGGCAUAUGCUUCGAUGAAAAAACGACGAUGUUGUUAACCACCGAGCGCCCCCCGGCAAACUGGUUGCCAUCUCGAAUCCGGAAAAGACCGCCGGACUACGUGUGUAAUGUUAAAAUCGCGAAUCCGCGACGCUGACAGCCUGCGGGGAAGACGCUAAUAAUCGUAACAACGACGAGAGUGGAUCCACUCGCACGUUAGAACUUGAUACCCGAGGCUGUUCCUCGGGUGGGGAAACGAACAGAGUCGAUGCGUUACACUCGAUAGACUGUGGACUGCGAUGAAUCUCAGAAUACCGUCGACGGUGUCAAUCGAGAAGCGGAGAGACGCGCGUCGAGUUCUCUCUUAUUAAUCGCACAUCGCAUCCGAGUCUCUCUGCUGCACGCACGGCGGGAUGAAACACGCUCGAAGCUGCGAAGCGCGAGAUAAGCGGAACAGCGUCGAAGAGGGUCCUCAACGUGUUCAGGGGAGCCAGGGCUGAAGCGAGGGAAGCGACGAGAAAUCGCGGUGGUCUACGGACAGGUUCGUCCGUGAAAAACUUCAAUUUGUCUCGCGCGAGAUUUUAUCGCGGCCGGAAUUUAUCUGUCGGCGCGAAAAUUGCAUCGCGGCGAGGAGAAUUUCGUACGCAAGGGG